AAGUUACGAAAAACAAAAACUGAGAUAACAUGUCCGUUCUCAGUUCAUGCUAUGAACGGGUAAAAAAAAAGUUUAACAUUUCUUAGUUUGUAAGAUUUAGAUUUUAUUAUUUUCAUGUGAGUAAUUAGGAAUAACUUAGAAUAUAGGAAUAAGUUUGAAACUAAAUGUAAAGUAAUUGUGAUAAUAUACAAAUGACACAAAAUGUAUUGCCAGCCAAAUUGCAACAAUUCUUCGUCCAAAUUGAAAGAUGGAGUUACCAUGAGAGAAAAGAAAAGUGGUGCACUCAGCAAAGUGCAAAAAAUUAAAAAACGUUUGAGUCAUAGCUUUGGACGUCUCUCUAUUUCCAAAGAAGAUCCAGAUCGUAAUAGAACAUCUCGAGAUGCUCUUCCUAACAAACUGUCAUUCAAUGGUUACUCUGAUGAGUUCCUAGAUAGAAUUGAACCAAAUGGAAAUAUUCCUUGUGCCAAUGACGAACACUUAUCUAGAUAUGACUGGAAUUCUGGUCUCGGGGAUCAAGAACGAUCAAAAGUCAAACGACAACUCUCUGUAUCGUCAGACUCAAAACUAUUAGAUGAAGACAUAUGUGAAGAAACUCGUGUCAUAUUAAGGCCCAAAAAGCCCCCCAGACCAAAAUCUGAAGUAUUCCUGAAUCAAGCUAGCAACAGGAGAACUAAACGAUAUUCAGCGUUUGGGGGUGAUUCUCCAUUUGGAAAAACAGAGGCGUAUAUCAAACUAGACCCACUUGGUGAAGGUUCCUAUGCUACUGUGUUCAAAGGGUAUAGUAAUUUAACGAAUCAAGUUGUCGCAUUGAAAGAGAUAAGACUACAAGAGGAAGAAGGUGCUCCUUUUACUGCGAUUCGUGAAGCCUCGUUGUUGAAAGAACUGAAGCACAACAAUGUUGUUACGUUACACGAUAUCGUACAUACCCGAGAAACGUUAACGUUCGUUUUUGAAUAUGUGAACACGGAUUUGUCCCAAUACAUGGAGAGACACUCUGGAGGGUUAGAUUACUCUAAUGUAAGGCUUUUCAUGUUUCAACUGUUCAGAGGACUAGCAUAUAUACAUAAACGACGUGUAUUACACAGGGAUGUUAAACCUCAGAAUUUGCUCAUUAGUGAGAUAGGAGAACUCAAAUUAGCUGAUUUCGGAUUAGCUCGUGCUAAGUCUGUACCUAGCCAUACAUAUUCUCAUGAAGUGGUUACUUUAUGGUAUCGACCACCAGAUGUUUUACUUGGAUCAACAGAUUAUUCAACAUCAUUGGAUAUGUGGGGAGUUGGUUGUAUAUUCAUUGAAAUGAUUACUGGUGUACCUACUUUUCCUGGUGUGCGGGAUACCUAUGACCAACUAGAUAAAAUAUUUAAGAUUUUGGGUACUCCAACAGAAGAAAAUUGGGAAGGGUGCACCCAUUUAAAAGGUUACAAAGAAGGAAGAGGUAAAAUAUACAUGUACCCACAUCAAAAGCUUGGUCAUGUUUUUCCAAGACUAUAUGAUAUUGCUGAAGGUGAAAAUUUAGCAACAUCAUUACUUCAGUUAAAUCCAGAUUUGCGUAUUAAUGCUGAAGCGGGUCUUAAACACAAAUAUUUUAUAUCACUUCCUAAAGCCUUAUAUGAUCUUCCAGAUGAAGUGUCCAUAUUUAGUGUUAAGGGCAUUCAUCUGAGCCAUGAAUCAAGGACAACAUUCAAGUGUUAAACUUGUCUAUAAUUAUUAAGAUAUAACUAAUAAUUAGCUCAAUAUAAAUUUAGAAAAAUAUUUGUAAUAUUUUAUAAGUAUAGUUAUUUACCAGAAACAUUGAGUUGUGCGGUACAAUCUGUGCCAGACGCGUCUCGGCCUAUGAGCCAUCUUGCUGUGAUGAUGUUUAUUUAUAUUUCCUAUGUUCAUACCUAUAAUAUUAGUAAUGCAUCAGUGUUGUUCAAUGGUUCUUUAAUAUAAAUAUACUUAACAAAGUAAAUAUAAUUGUAAUAAUUGAACAAAUAACAAUAUGCCUAUAUUUUUAGGAUGUUAAAAAAUCUACAAUAUUUUCUACUUAUACAGUUUUCAUAUGUAAUAAUUCUUAGUUAUUAAGGCAAAUUUAACUAAUUGCUCAACAUAGUGGGGAUACAGUUUCAAAUAAUAUAGCUUACGUAAUUUAAUAUUUUUCAAAAUUCAUGUUUGAAAUGAUAAGAUGAGUUCAGAUUAUAUCCCCACUCACGUUUUGCCGUCCCCUUCAACGUCCAAUAUUUUCAUUAAAUAUUAUCUUGCUGUAUAUCUAUAUAAAAACAUUCCUCAAAUAUCUAAAAUUGAGCAUUUGUUGUUUAUUGAAUUAUUAAAAAUAUUUUCAAUUGGUUAAUUUGAUUUGUAACACAAUUUGCCGUCCAAUAAUGAAAAAAUAACAUUACCUUAAAACAACACACAAUAUGUGUUAACUCUUUUAAAUAAUUUCAUUUAACAAUUGAUCAUUACACUCAGGCAUGAUUGUUAAAAAAUAUUGGCAUUUUUACUACUGAAUUGUGUACAUUAGCACCUACAUGAAAUGGUUGUGCUUUUGAUUUCUUAAAUUAUUGACAUAUUGUAUACUUUAUUGAUUAAGUUAAACCGGUAUGUUUUCUCUGUGUAUAAUUUUUUUUAUAGCUAAUAUUUUCGUUUUAUAAAUAUACCAAACUUAUAUCAUUAUGUUACAAUGAAGAAUUAGUUAUCUGUACUCUGUCAUAAAUAUUAUAUUAAUAAGACCUAAUUUAUAAAUUCAAAAAGUUCUCCUUUAAUUUAAAAUUUUUUGAUAACUUCUUUAAUUGUUUAAAACUAAAGAAGUGUUUAUCUAAUGUGCACAUUUUUAUUUUUACUUUUGUUAUUAAAUUUAUUAUGAGACUUUUUACCCUCAGCUUUAGUAUUUGUUUUUACAAUGCCCAAUAGAUCUUGCUAAUUGUAAGUAAUACUAAAAUCACAAUUUUUUUUUAUUUAUCUACAUACUAAUAUUUUUUUCAUUAAUGAAGUCAAUUAAAUUUAGCGCUAAUAAAAUAUAUUAAAUUAUAGUCAACUAUUUUAUUAUGUAUUUUCAUGUUUCUUUAUACUGUAAAAAUUGUUUUAUGUAGGAAUAAAUAUUUUUGUUUAAAAAUAUUUGGAUGUCAAUGUGGCUAUAUUAGAGUAAUUUUUGUUGACCAGCAAUGAAAUAAUAAUGAUUUUAACUGUGAUGGUGUGUUGUUGAGUUAUCUAUAAGCGUUAAAUCAUUUGUUAAUUGUGGUUUAGCAGUAUAUUAAAAUUUGUGUAAUUAAUAAAAAUGUAUGUUCCAUAAAAUAUAAUUGUUUUCCUUAAUAUCUUCAGUUGAAGUAAUAAUUUAUCUGAAUUUUUACACAAUCAUACAUUUUAAUAUUUUACUGUACAAUGAUAUAAUUAUAGUUGCAAAUUUAUAAGACAAUGAUGUUUAUUAUAUUUUUCAUUUAUUAAAAUAUUUUAGUUCUGUUAAAUGAAAAAAACGCUGGUUGUAUAUAUAAUUAUUAUCAUAAUUUUUGUCAUUAAUAUAGUUUGUUUAUAUAUUAUUAUAUUUGUUUAAAGACUUUAUAAUUUAUAUUAUUAUAUUGUAGAAAGAAUCAUUAAAAAUAAAAUAUGAAACAUAUAAAAAAAAAAAAAUACAAAAAUUCUUAUAAAAAACAA